UCGCUUUGCCGCCAUAGCCGUUUUAUCUACUAGUGUUUGUGAAUUGGCUUUUGGUAUGAAAGUCCGAGUCGUUGAGUGGACUUGAGUUCAGUAGUCAGUAGUGAUCGGUCGAAUGCACGGAAAGUAUGGUUAUGGGAAAAGUUGCGUUUGGUUAACUUUUUUCUUAUUAGGUUUUUCACAGCGAGAAAAAUCGGUUUCCAACGGCGUCAUCGAAUAAUUUCAUAUUCGUGUUAAAACCGGCUAUUUUACGACAGGUUAGGUAGACAAAUAUUCUGAUCUUUUUGACCGUUUGGUAUUCGCGUGACACACCUCCAAGAAAUUUUUUCUUUUUUUCGUGUGAAACAAACGAAUAGAAACAUAGUUACAUUCUAAAUAUUCGUGAACAUUAUUUUUUAUACCUUCUUAUCGAAUUGUGAUUCAGUGUUAUGACGUAUCGUGACAAGAAUAAUUCUUAAGAAAUACUAAUCGAGUGUUCUCAUGACAGUGUGAAAUAUAAAAUGUUGUAACAGUGGUAUUCUUUCUUUCAAAUAUAUCAUUUUAUGGCGGGAAAUUGAACUUUGAAGAAGCGGACGUCACCAACUGGCCUCUUCCCUCUCUGUGCGAUUAUUCUUUGGAUAUCGAGUUUUGAGUUACGAUUAGAGACACAUUCUUAUUUUAUUCGACGACGCGGAGCUCACACAGUUAAUCCAUAACUCACCGCUACCUGACUGUGUUACCUCUGAGAAUUCUUUGGAAUUUCGGCUCUCCCGGAAGGCGAUGCUUUCUAUCUUCGUUCAACGAUUCGAUUAGAAAGAUUUCGAAACGUUAAAAAAAAGCUACACAAAUGCCGAAAUCGGCAGCCAAGUGGACAUUCUGGAGAAAGUGCAAGAGGCCCGUCGGCGAGGAGAACGAGGAGAAUAAGAAAGGAAAACGGAAACGAGCAGCGGAAAUAGAGAUCGAGGUAUCGACGAAAGAGAAAGAGGUUUCGACCGUGGAAACCAAACGGAAAACCAUGGAACACACGGUCACAAGAUGCGACAUCCGUUUACCAAAAGUCACACCAAUCACCGAUGACUAUGAAAUUAGUAAUCACGUGCUUGGUCUUGGAAUAAACGGAAAAGUUGUUCAGUGUUAUGACAAAAAUACCAGGGAAAAAUAUGCGCUCAAGGUACUGUACGAUUGUGUAAAAGCACGAAGGGAAGUUGAAUUGCAUUGGAGAGCAUCAAACUGCAGGCACAUAGUGCAAGUCAAAGAUGUAUAUGAAAAUACAUAUAGUGGAAAUAAAUGUUUAUUAGUUAUUAUGGAAUGUAUGGAAGGAGGAGAACUGUUUGAGAGAAUACAAGAUAGGCAAGAUGGUGCUUUCACAGAGAGAGAAGCUGCACAAAUAAUGUAUGAAAUUUGUGUUGCUGUAAAGCACCUGCAUGAUAUGAAUAUUGCACACAGAGACCUUAAGCCGGAAAAUCUUUUGUACUCUAAGCCUGAUAGUACUGGAAUAUUGAAACUUACUGAUUUUGGUUUUGCGAAAGAGACUCAUAUGAAAGAUACACUACAAACCCCAUGUUAUACGCCAUACUAUGUUGCUCCUGAAGUUUUGGGACCAGAGAAAUAUGACAAAAGCUGUGAUAUUUGGUCACUUGGAGUUAUAAUGUAUAUACUAUUGUGUGGUUUCCCACCUUUCUACAGUAAUCAUGGUUUAGCAAUUUCACCAGGAAUGAAAAAAAGAAUCCGGUUAGGCCAAUACGACUUUCCAUCCCCUGAAUGGUCUAAUGUAAGCACAGAGGCAAAGAAUCUCAUCAAGGGUAUGUUGUGUACAGAUCCAGCUCAAAGACUUCAAAUCGACGAAGUUAUGCGCAACAAAUGGAUUGCUCAAUACACGGAAGUACCCCCCACGCCUUUACAUACUGGUCGCGUACUCCGAGAAGGCGAAGAACUUUGGCCAGAAGUUCAAGAAGAAAUGACACGGUCAUUAGCUACCAUGCGCGUAGACUACGAUACGGCCAAUUUGAAACAAUUAGAUCACACAAAUAACGCGUUAUUAAACAAACGUAGACGAGCGAAACAAAAAAACGCUGUACCACCGACUGCUAAUCCUACGCCAGCAUCCUAGGGAGACGCAAUAAGAGCCAGUCAACACUGGCGUGUCUUUUUACGAAGAUGUAUAAGGUAUAGUGUAAUGACCAUGAGAAUUGUUUUUUGACAGUUACAUAAUGUAAAAUAUAAAAAAUUCAUGCAGAAUAGUCUUGAAAAAUCCUGCCUACGUCGAGAUAUUAGGCGCAUGAAAUUGAAUUUGACAUUUUAAAUAUUUUUAAAAUACUAUUGAUCCGUAAUUGCUAAAUUUGAAUGACAGGAACACAGUUGAAAUAAUAAGCAGAGGAUAUUUUACCAGUUAUGGUGCAUUUUUCGCGACUUAAAAGAUUUAAUAAAACAGAAAGAAGUACCAGGAAUAAAAAUCAAUCUGAUACGACUAAAUAAUUUAUAUUACAAUUUAUAUUUAUUGAUGAAACGUUAAUAAGAAAAACGUUUUGUCAUCAGUAACUGCAUAUAUAAUAAAUUCAUAUUGAAAAGAAAUAUAACAAAAUAUUUUUCAAUUUUAAAUGGAAUGUUGGACUUCAUAAUGAAGGUCUGUUAUCUAAUAUAAAAGAAUACGCCACCUAAUUAGCAGCUUCUCAUUGAUUUACUUAAAAUUUAAGUCUUAAAUCAUAAAUUAUAAUGCUUGGCAAUUUUUAUGUGUAUAGUGGUAUUUCCUAUAUUAUCUUUAAAUUAUUAAACUACUAUUAUUUAUCGCGAUUGACGUAUAAAACAAAAAUACAUCAUGCCAAUUUUUAUUAAUAAGUUUUUUCAGUUGUUAUUUGUGUACAGUUACAAUUCAUUCAAACUAUGAAAAAAGCGUUUAAUUAAAAAAUAAUGCAAACAUGUGUAAUGUACUUUUAAGUGAUAUUUUGACUGAGGCUGAAUACAUGUAAGAAUCCUUAUAAUUGUUGCAAGGUGCUAACAUAUGUUGCUCUAAUUAUUUCGUAGGCAUUAAAACAAUACUACAAUUUCCUAAUUUUUUAAAUAAAUAAAAUUUAUAGUAAAAGAUGGAACUUAGGAACAAAGAUGUACACAUUACAAUAUAAAUGUAGUAAUUAUAUUUUUUUAGAUGUAUUAUAAGACAAAAAUUGAAAUUUAGACUAAAGAAAUGCCUUAACCAACAUCAGAUCAAUUUUUAGUUUAAUAUGUAAUUAGCAUAAUUAAAUAUUUCAAUUAGGUACAGAUCCAGUAAAGUGUAAGGCGAGAGGUGAUGAAAUCUCAUGAAUGUAUCAUUGUUUCUUCUGAGGCAACGUCUAUGUUAUGAAUGUAAAUAUUAUAUGUAUGAAGUAUUUUUAAUAAGAUACUUGUAGUUGAAGCUAUGAUUAUUCAUAUUACCAAUAGCUCUCCAUGAUAAGUAUUAGAAAUGUUUAAUAGAUGAAAAUAGAUCUUACGACUGAUAAAUAAUGAGAAAAUUAGGCCUCAAUUGUUUUCACAGUUCUAUAUCAUUGAUUUAUUUUCAGAAUAAUAGAAUUCUAAACUAAGUACUAUAUUUAGUAAUAUACUUAUUAUUAAAUAAUAGAUUAUUUUAGAAUCGUGGAAACAAGACUUCCUCAAAAUAAACAUUAUGUAAUGGUUCAGCUUCUAAACCUCAUUAAAAAUAAUCAAACUGAAGGUCAACUAGUUGUAUACGAAAACUGACGCAAACUUAAAGAAAGGACAACUCUACACUACAUUUUUAAAUUAAAAUAAUACGUUUAGUUUCAAAUAUCAUAUAAACGACUGUUGCAUUAUUGUACUUGAUAAUACUGAAAUAGUACAAGUGUUGUUUACGAUUUUAUAGAUUAACAUUAUUAGAAAACGAAAAUAAGUAUGCGUGCUUUGAGUUGGACUAUACUAUCGAAAUAUUUUUGUAAUGGAUUCAAGUAUAUUGAUUUGCACUGCAUUUAUAAAACUUGACAAUAAAUGUAAAAAGUAUCUUUAAUUAAUGCAAUGUCAGUAAAUCUCUGUUUGGUACAGCCUUUGUCCACUGUAUAA